UUGAAGAUUUUUCGACCGCAAGCAUCCUCAUCCGGCAUUCCCGAGUUGAUGGGAUUCCUGAAUGGGACUGUGGUGAGACACAUCUUCAACGUAAAAACCCUCAUCAUCAAGUUCCUUUCUUGCGUCCUGGCUGUCUCGUCGGGAAUGCCUGUUGGUCCGGAAGGCCCUAUGAUCCACAUGGGGAGCUUAGUUGGGGCGGGACUGAGCCAGUUCAAAUCGGACACAAUGAAGAGAAACUUCAUAAGCGCGGGUGCAGCGGCGGGCGUAGCUUCAGCAUUUGGAGCACCAGUAGGCGGAGUUUUGUUCAGUAUGGAGGAGGUGUCCUCAUUUUGGGACAUGAAGCUCUCCUGGCAGAUUUUCUUCUGCGCCAUGGUGGCAACGACAACGACUGAUCUUUUUAAU